AUGGCAGGUCCCUUGGCCAAGUCCAAAGCCAGUGCCCAAGGGCACAAACCGAGCAUUGCUCACUACAGGCCGUUGGUGUUUCAGGCUAUGGGGGAUGAAGCUGUAACACUGAGUCUCAUUAGGUCUGUCUACAGCCUUCGAAAAGAGCUGGCCAACUUCUUAACUGACUACUGCAAGGCACCUACACCCCUUGAUCCAGAAAAUGUGGUGGUUCUAAAUGACUGCAGCUCAGUCUUGUCUUUGCUGGCCAUGGUUCUGUGUAACCCAGGUGAUGCCUUUCUUUUUCUGGUCCCUACACUGUACUACAGUACCUUCACCUUUAGCUCCUACCUUUAUUCAAAAGUUGAGCUUAUUCCUGUCCACUUGGAAAGCCAGGUCAACGAGGCCAACUCGUAUUUUUUCAAACUCACGGUGGAUAAGCUGGAACUUACCCCGACUCAGGCUAAGAUGAAGUCAAAAGAAGUCAAAGGCCUUGUGCUACUCAACCCCCAGAAUCCUCUGGGUGAUUCCUACAACCAAUUGAUGAUGAAAGAUUACCUGGCCCUUGCCAAGAAUCACAGCCUACAUGUGAUCGUAGACGAGAUUUACAUGCUGUCCGUGUUUGAUAUAGCCGUCAGAUUUUGCAGUGUUCUGAAUAUGAAACGCUUGCCUGACCCUAGCAAGACCCAUAUGAUCUGGGGCACCAGUAAGGAUUUUGGCAUGGUUGGCUUCUGCUUUGGUGUUCUCUAUACACACAACAAGGAAGCUUUUGGCUACCUCCACAGUAUCUCUGGCAUUACACAGUACAAGCUGUGCCAGCUGCUCCAGGACAAAGCCAUGGAUCAGUUCUCCCACAUGCUCAAGGAAUACAAAAAAGACGUUGAAACAACGGGAGCAGACAACUGA